AUCUAUCCUCGAUGAGCGGUCCCGGGGUAGAGAUGGGCGACGCUCUGCUCAUGGCUCAGAGACAGAUGCUCUCCUCGCUACCUCCUGCCCUUUUCCUGAGGGCUUCUGAGCGCUUCCAACGCACACCAAAAUGCGCGAGGUGUCGCAACCACGGAGUCGUGUCCGCACUCAAGGGGCACAAGAGAUACUGUCGCUUCCGUGACUGUAUGUGCGCCAAAUGUACGCUAAUAGCGGAACGUCAGAGGGUGAUGGCUGCACAAGUGGCCCUGCGUCGGCAACAAGCGAGGGAAGAGAAUGAAGUCCGAGACAUAGCCAUGCUUUACCAAGCGAAAGGUGUGACACAAGAUGCCCUCAUACCCCAAGAUAUGCUCAUGCCUCCUCACCUUUCGCUCAGUAUCUCACUUCAGCAGCAGCAACAAGCGGCUCGGCCGCUUUACACUUCAGCUUCUUCGUCUUCUGCUUCGUCCGAGUCUACCACGCCAGAUGACGACGAAGCUCAUCACCGCGAGGCUGAAUGGAUGCUUGAUGCAGCUUUCUUGCUAAGUGUCAUGAAAACAGCGCACAAAGAUGCACUCAAAGGCCUACAGAAAGACUUUGUGGCCAUUCCGCGUCUUCUCACGACCAUACUUGUGUCUCUAACCAUCGAUUACACGGAGAAAACUGCUGCAUGUUGCAUCAGAGUUAUGGGCUUACUGUCUAUAUAA